GUGGCCAGGGCCUCCUUCAGUUGCUUGCAGACCUCCUAGCGGCUGCCCAAUCUUUCGAGGUCACACAUGCUGGGAUUGCCCUACUUCUUCGGCUUUGCCUGACCCUGGUCGGUGCCGGCAUUUUCCUGGGGCUUAAGGAGGUUCUGGAUCACCACGCCUGGGGCAGGGCCAUCCGUCUUCCCUUAGGCCUCGCAGUGAUCAGCUCGGUUGUCUAUGGCUUCCUCUACCUCCACCCACUCAGCCUUGAAGAAUUGCAGUUCUGGGGCCUCUUCAUAUCCGGUCUCCGGCCAGAGUCUUGGGUCGUGGAAUGGGAGCUCCUGGGUUCCGGUUUUGGAAGCUUCCAUGCACGGGCCUUCUUCAGUCAACCCUGUAUUUCUGUCUUGGUGUCCUAUGCCGCGCUGAGCACACUGGCCUUCACCUUCUACACAGUAGGCUUUCAGGACAUGGCCAAAGAUCCCGAGAUAGAGCUCGCCAAGGAAAUCCGGCUUUUGGGGAAGACGAACAUCGCUCUGGCUCCUUUUGCAGGUGUCCCAGUCUCACAUGCCAUUAAGGUAUGGGUGGUUAUGCGAGAUGCUGGGGGCAAGACGAGGUGGUGGGUGCUGCUCUUCUCCGUCUGCUACAUGGCCUUGUACUUCGAUUCCACACUGCGAUCAAGCCUCAGCUUCAUUCCGAAAUGCGCCUUCGGGGCCUUGGUUGUGUCCUUGGGUUUCGAAUUUUUGACAACUUCAUUGGUAGAAUCACGGGAACGCAUCGCAGCCACUGAGUGGCGCGUUGUCGUGGCGACCUCUGUUAUAACCUACCUGAACGUCCUUCUCGGCAUUCUUUUCGGUGUUGUUCUCACCACCGUCUUCUUCAUGGUGGAGUACUCUGGCAUGACAGGUGUGACGCAGAAAGCAACACUGUCAGAGGUGCGUUCGCAUGUUGAGCGCGACGAUGAGCUGAACCAGAUUAUUGACACUUAUGGACGGCAAGUCGCAGUGUUUUGGUGUGCUGGCUACAUCUUCUUCGGGACAGCCCAAGAUAUCGUCGAAGAGCUGCAGUCAUCGCUGGAUACAUCCCCGUCCACGCGCAUCCUGAUUCUUGACUUCGAGCAGGUCCCAGCUGUAGAUGCAUCAGGAGUCCAGGCCUUGGUCAGCUUCGCCGAGAAGUGCCAACGGCGACGACCGGCUGUCACUCUUGCGAUCAGCGGUGUCGUGCGCCGCCUGCAGCUGUCCUUGGACAGAUGUAUGCGCGCCUGUCAGGUGGAGAUAAAGAUCAGCUCGCACCGUGUCGAGAAGAUGCUGGAGUGGGCCGAGGAAUGGCUCCUAUCAGGUCGGGACAAGGGAAGAUUAAAGUCGCAACGCUCAGAGCAUCAGCUACUGGCAUCGAAGUUGGCAGAGAAGGCCCCGAAAGAGCAAGACGAGAAGGAGAUUCUGCACUUUGUUAGCGAGUUCCUGCUGGAGAUAGCCUCAACAGCCAAAGCGGAGGAGCGGAUGGCCGUUGGUGAAAAACUAGCGAAGUUCGGUAGCAAGCUGAAAACUUACAGAAACGAAGAGCAACUCUAUGCGGAAGGUCAGCAAGCCAAGGACCUGACUUAUGUCUUGAGCGGGUCGGUGAGCAUAGUUCAGAGGAUCAGUCCAGACGAAGCCUUAGCUUACAAGGUGCCAAGGCACCAUCUGAAUGAGGAGAAGGGUGACACCUUCGCCUUUGAAGAAGAAUUGGAUAUCCGCGUUCGCAAGCUGACCCAUGGAUCAGUGCUGGGUGCACUUGAGUUCGGCGCCUUCUGCAGCAGCAGGGCUCCGACUUGGCAUGCCAGCGCCUGUGCUGCGCCAGAUUGCAUGGUGCUGCGCGUGCCAUUCUCGACGCUGGAGUCUGCGAUGGCCUCGAGCCAAUCCGUCGGAAAUUCGGUGAUGCAGUGGCUGUUCAAGUUGGCAUCCAUUCAGGUGCUGGACGUUUUGCAAGGUCCAGACCUUGCGGGAUUUGCCGUUUUCAUGGAGGUGCAGCAAGAACUUGCCGAAGCAUUGGCAGGCUGGUCCUUGUGGGAGUAUGAGUUCGCGCACUGGCGUUAUCACAAGCGGCAUGCCGGCGGUGACGAGUUCGACCAACUUUACAACGCCCACAGAACGCCAGAGUACCAGCACCUGGCAUGUCCGGCCGUGCCUUUGGCGUACCGCCUCUGGUCGAACUUCCCAACUUGCGCUCCAUCGCGUCUUCGAGACCUGGCACGUUUCACGGAUGCAUAUGUGUCCGGUAUGACCGUGGACAACUGGCGGGCAAGUUAUCGGGAUUUCCUCAGCGAGGACUACAACUACAACGUCUCGCACUUCGCUGGCGGUGACCCGACGUUUCGUCUGUCCAAGGGCAGUCUCGCUGUUACAUUGCUCCAUUUGGGCAAAAUUUUCGAGGGCUUGUGGGUCAGAGGGAUCCGCCAUGUGGUGAUGCUUCUUGACUGGUUGGUUUCGGGCGCAAUCAGGCCCUGUCAGGUUUGCAAGAGGAGAACACGUAUCGAUCCUCCCGCAUGCGCUGCUAUGCAUGAAGCGGUAGUAUGA